AUGUCUCUGACACGCCAUCUUAUUCGCCCUUCUCGAGCGGGCCUCUUCAGGCUGCCACGUCUCGCCGGACCUUUUAAAACAAACAGCAUCAAUCGCAUCCACACGACCGACAAGAAGAAUGGAAUUCCCGAGAAAGAAAUUCCUGUCACCGACUAUGACGCGGGUCAGGGGACGGGGCAUAAACAUACCGUCCAUGUUGCGCAACCACCACCCCCCCUCGGGUCCGAAACUGAGGAAAUCGUCAAUCCUCUGACCAGAAAGGUAUACGAGCAGCUGCCACACACUAUGCGAAAUAUGAGUAUUUUCGGUAAAACGGUCAUCAUCACGGGAGGCGCCCGCGGACUGGGCAACUAUAUGGCUCGCGCGUGCGCCGAGGCCGGGGCCAAGAACAUUGUCAUCUUUGAUGCCAACCAGGAGCUUGGGGAUGAAGCCGCAGCCGAGUUGCACGAGAAGACCGGCUUGCCAAUCUCCUUCUAUCGCGUCGACGUGCGCGAUGCCGCCGCAAUCACCGCCGCGGUCGAGGCCUGUGUGGAGAAAUACGGUGCUCCCGAUGUCUUAGUCAAUUCGGCCGGCAUUGCCGAUUCGAAUAUCAAAGCGGAGACCUAUGAUAUUGCGAUGUUCCGGCGUCUGAUCGACAUCAACCUCACGGGGUCAUUUUUGAUGUCACAAGCCGUUGGCCGGGCCAUGAUCGCAGCCCGCAAGCCCGGCAGCAUCAUCCUGGUGGCGUCGAUGUCCGGCUUGGUGGUCAACUAUCCGCAAGAGCAGAGCUGCUAUAAUGCCUCCAAAGCCGGUGUCAUCCAGCUUGCCAAGUCGUUGGCGGCCGAAUGGGCCAAGAACGACAUCCGCGUCAAUAGCAUCUCUCCGGGGUACAUGGACACGGCGCUCAACCGGGUGCCCGCGCUGGAGGCCCAGAAGAAGAUUUGGAAGUCGCUCACGCCACAAAAUCGCCUGGGGAACGUGGAUGAUUUGAAUGGGCUGUGUGUCUUUCUUGCGUCCGAUGCGUCGAAGUUCAUGACGGGCGCCAACUGCGUGAUUGAUGGUGGGUACACUUGCUACUAA